AUGGCCAGAUUUAAAUUUGGUAAGAAGAAAAGAGAUGAUCCCAAUGGAUCAAUGGAUGAAGAAUCAAACAAUCUGAUGAACCAAUCACCUAAAGUAUCAGAAGAAAUGGCCCAUAACAAUUUUAAUGGAUCACCACAAAUCAAACCAUCACCAGUUAAAUCUCAACAGAUCUUAUCAUCAAAUGAUUAUAAUGAAGGAGCUAAUGUUGGUAAUGGUUAUGACACCAAUGCUAACAUAGUAAAUGAAGGAACUCCUUGGGUUAAAUUCAAAUUAAGAAAUUCACCAUUUCCUCGUUAUAGACAUGCAGCAUCUAACAUUGCCAGUGAAAAGAAUGAAAUCUUUUUAAUGGGAGGUUUAAAAGAAGGUUCAGUGUUUGGUGAUACUUGGAGAAUUCAUCCAGUUUUAAAUGAUGAAGAUGAAAUUGAAGGAUAUUUCUCAGAAAAUGUUGUUAUCUCCAAUAAUAACAACCCUCCAGCAAGAGUUGGUCACUCAUCAGUUUUAAUUGGUAACGCUUUUAUUAUUUAUGGUGGUGAUACUGUUGAUACUGAUUUUAAUGGAUUCCCUGAUAAUAAUUUCUACUUAUUCAACAUUAACAAUAAUAAAUAUACCAUUCCAAGCCAUAUUUUAAAUAAACCUAACGGUAGAUAUGGUCAUACAAUUGGGGUGGUAUCAUUAAACAAUCAAAGUUCAAGAUUGUAUCUUUUCGGAGGACAAUUAGAAAAUGAUGUUUUCAAUGAUUUAUAUUAUUUUGAAUUGAAUACCUUUAAAUCACCAAAAGCUAGAUGGGAAUUGGUUGAACCAUUAAAUAAUUUUAGACCUCCACCAUUAACUAAUCACUCAAUGUCAAUCCAUAAGAAUAAGAUUUAUGUGUUUGGAGGGGUUUAUAAUAAUGAAAAAGUAUCAAAUGAUUUAUGGUGUUUUGAUAUCGGAAGUUCAAAAUGGAAUCAAAUUAAUACUACUGGUAAUAUUCCAUUACCAAUAAAUGAACAUUCAGCUUGUAUCAUUAAUGAUUGUUUAUAUGUUUAUGGAGGUAAUGAUUUUAGUGGUAUUAUUUACAAUUCCUUAUAUGUUUUGAAUUUACAUAGUUUAGUAUGGUCCAAAUUAACUACUGAAGGAGAAAUUGAUGGACCAGGUGCUAGAUGUGGUCAUUCCAUGACUUAUAUUCCAACAUUGAAUAAAUUAGUGAUUAUGGGUGGUGAUAAAAAUGAUUAUGUUAGUGAUGAUCCAAAUGAUUUCAAUACUUAUGAGACUAAAGAUUCUAAUCAGAAUUUAGAUACAAUGAUCUAUCAAUUAGACUUAAAUUCAGUUGAAGGAUUUUUAUCAUCUAAAUCAACAGUUAUUAAAUCUACUCAAAAGGCAUUGAAUGCAAGUUUAUCUAAUGCUAAUGUUAUUAAUUCUCAACCAGUUUCAAAUUCAAUGGUUGGUGGUGCAGUAGGUGGCAUUGUUGGUGGAGGUAUUGUUGGAGGAGCUAUCAAUGGUAUUAAUGGUACUAAAGAUAAUUUACAAAAAGAAGAUUUUCAACGUCAUGCUAGAAGUUUUUCAGCUGGACCUGAAGAUUUCAAAACUCCUCAAGCUUCACCUGAAAUCAAACCUCAAGAGGAAUUUGUUGAAGUUCCAUCAACUGCUCAAUCUGAAAAAGAUUUAACUACUGAAGAUGAAUUAGAUUCUCCUGUUAAGAACUUUAUACCUCAACAAAAUGGUAAAGCUAUGGAAGUCGAUAGAUUCAAUAAUAGUGCAACUCCAACUUUCCCUACAAGAGAAGAACCAAAGGUUGAAUCAAUUGAUACAGCACCAAUUUCAAAAGGUAGUUCUUCAAUUUCAAGAGGUGAAAAUGAAAAAGUUAAACAAUUAAUCACUGAAUUAACCACUCAAUUGAAUGAUUUGAAAAAAUCAACCAAAUUAGAAAUGCAAAAUGCUACUGAAAAGAUUCAUCAAUUGGAAUUAGAGAACCAAUCUUUAAGAUCAAAUGAUUUACAACAACAAAUCACUGAAAAAGAUGAAAUCAUUAAAGAUUUGAGACAACAAAUCGAUCCAAAUUUAUUAACCAUCAAAGAAGAUGAUGAAGUUAAUGAUAAACUGAUUAAUUCAUCAAUUAGUGAUUUGACUAGAUUCAAAUUAGAAAGAAUUAAUUUGAAUAAUAAAUUGAUUUAUUUGACCAAAGAAAAUCAUGAAUUGAAUUCCAAACUUACAAAUUUUGAACCUUUCAUGAAUAAUCAAAUAGGUGAAUUAUCUAAAUUCCAAAAGAUUAUCAAAGUUCAAGAAGAAAAGAUCACCAAAUUAACAAGUCAAGUUAAAAGUGAAGAAAGUUUAAGAAAAGAAGUUAAUGAAUGGAAAUCUAAAUAUGAUAAUUUAGAGAUUGAAUUUGAAAAUUUCAAAGCAUUUAAUGGAGAUGAUGAAAUUUCUGAUGAUGAAGAAAGUUUACAUGAUAUUACUGAUAAAUCAAUUAUAAGUAAUUCAACUACCAGAAAAUCUAAAAGAGAUUUAUCUAAUCAUUUGGAAAAUUUAGUUCAACUUUGGUCAAUUAAUCAAAAUAAAAUCGGUGAAACUAAAGAGAUUUCUAAAAAUGAUGCAGUUGAUCCAAUGGUUAUUGAAUUACAAAAACAAUUAGAUCAAUUAAUGAAAAUUAGUAAAGAACAAGAAAAUGCUUCAGCUUUAGAAAUUAAUAAUUUAAAGACUGAAUUGAAUCAAAGAUUACAAAAUUUGAAAACUUUUGAAGAAAAUUAUAAAGAUGCUUUACAAAGUGUUAAUAAUACAUCAAAAGCAUUAAAUUUAACUCAAGAUGAAUUGAAUAAUCAAAAACAAUUAAUGGAAAAAUUAGUUAAAGAGAAUAAUGAAUUGAAAUUAUUCAAAAAAGCUAGUAAAAGAGUCAGUACAAGACAACCAUUAUCAUCCCAACCAAGUGUUGAUAAUUUCAGUUUAUCUCAACCAAUUAAAGAAGAAGCUGAAAGUGAUUUUACUAAUGAAGAUGAAGACGAUGAUGAUGCUUCAAAUAUUGAAAAUGCUCAUUAUAAUAUGAAGAUUAAAGAUUUAGAAGCUGAUUUAUUCAUAUUGAAACAAGAAAGAGAUCAAUUGAAAGAUAAUAUGACUUCAUUACAAAAACAAUUAUAUUUAGCUCAAAAUAAUAUGUAG